AUGGAGGACAGAAAGAGACCCGCGAAUAGCGCGGCUGAUGAGUUGGCGCCUCCCAGCAAGAGGGUCGCAGUCAAUGGCUCCAAAGGCAAGGACGAUGCCUUUGAGAUGAAAGAAGAAGGCUGGGUUGAGGCUUACGCCAAAGGAGCCAUAUACCGUCAGAUGCAAGAAUACAGCCGCAGGGCUACGACAGCGGAAUCACGCCUUGAGGAACUCCACAAACGCUCUGUUCACCAUGACGACCACAUUCGCAUUGUCGACGCGUGGUGGCUUCAGGUCUUGGAAGAACUCGAAGUCAUCGCGAACUCGCAGAUUCCGGAUGCAACGAGCGAAGAUGGCCCCCCAUACUUGUCUAGUGUGACGUUCAAAGAUCUUCAGGAAUUCCAGACUCAUCUUCAGGACAAAGGCAAGACCAUCAAAACGAAAGCUGAAAGCCUUCUCAACAAAUUGGCCACGAGCCGCACAGAAAUAUCUCCAGAGGCCGCGCAGCUGGAGUCAAAGAUCAACGCGCUACUAGCCUCCCAGAAGGAAUUCUUAUUGAAGCUUGAUCGCUUGAAUAGUGAGAAAGAUAAGCUCUCCGAACAGCUCAACGUCGCAACUUUAAGGUACUUCAAGGCAGAGAAAAAGCUGGAUCGCGCGCGCAGCGUACAAGUGCAGAAAUUGGAACAGCAGGCGUUUGCAAACGCGACGACACCCGCUCCAGGGGCGGGAGAGGUUGCAGAUCCUAAAGAGGUCAACAAUGGGAACACCAGCGAGCUCUUGCUCAAAUACGAAGAAUCGACCGCAGCGGCGACGAAGCACAAGGAGCAAAUUGAGAGUCUUUUGACGGAAGUCAAGGCCGCGCAAGAGGAGAACACGGCGUUGAAAGCAAAGCGCGACACUUGGACAGACGAGGAUUUCAUCCGAUCGGAUGUUUUCAAGCAAUUUAAGGCACACAGCGAAGAGCUGAUAAACCGAGUAAACAACCUCGAAGCCACGAACCGACAACUGCGCGAGGAGGCGGAGAAACUACAAGCUGAGCGGUCAGCCUUUCGCACGCAGCUUGAAGCUGACGCCAACCAAAUAACGCAAGAUCUGGAGACGGAUAUUGUGGCACGCGACCAAGAUCUGGCUCGUGUACGAUCGUCACGAGACGAAUACAUGGCGGAAUGCACACAGCGCAAGGCGAAUAUGGAGCAAGAACGGGCCGCGCUUGAUCAACUAAAAGAGCUCACCGCCGCAAAAGACGAUCGCAUAUCCGCUUUGGAGUCAGAGAAUGCGCGCCUCAAGGAGAACGUGGAUGCCGACAUGUCAGGAGCCGAUAAAGUCGAUGACGUGUCUGAGGAGGAGCUGAGGACGCGUUACAAGAAACUGCAAUUGGAUUUCCAGUCGAUCAACCAGGAGCUUCCUUCCAUCGAAAAGGCCUACAAGAAGAUGAAGGAUCUGGCACAGAAGAAGGUGAUGGACUUUGCCGCACUAGAGGAGCGCGUGGCGCUGCUCAUUGCUGAGAAGAGCAAGGCCGAUCAGAAAUACUUUGCCGCGCGCAAGGAUGCCGAUACCAGGAACAACGAGAUACGCUCUCUGAGACUACAAAGCAGCAAGAGCGCGGAAAUCAUUGCGCAACUGAAAGAUGUCGAGUCACAGAACCGAACACUGCUCAACAACCUCGAGAAGCAAUUGUUCGACUUAAAGCAAACAAACGCAGCCCUGACCACGGAGAACAAGCGGCUCGAAACGGCGGGCAUGGAGAGCGCACGCAGAAGCGAGUCGCUCGCGAAACAAGUAGCAGAGUUGACGAGCAUGGUCAAAUCCAAAGACGCCUCCACAGCGACCUUUCGGGAGCGGAGCGUGGCUCAAGAAGCCGAGGUGGAGAAAUUCAAGGUGCGACUCGACAAUAUGCAGAAGGACCGCGACAGCUGGAAGAGCAAGGCACUGAGCAACUCUUCGGAAGAGGAGGACAUGCUAAGGACGUUUGCGCUUUGCUCCAUUUGCCGUCAAAAUUUCAAGAACACGGCCUUGAAGACUUGCGGACAUCUCUUCUGCAGCGGGUGCAUUGAGAGCCGAAUCAGCAACCGCAUGCGCAAAUGCCCAACCUGUUCACGGGCAUUUGACAAGAUGGACGUGAUGGCAGUUCACAUCUGA